AUCCUACACCUAUUUUUACACACUCUUUAUCUCAUCAUAAACCAGUUUUAGUUACUUGUGUGAAAAUCAAAACUAAGGCAUGGGUUUAUGUUUAACACUCUGCCAUGCCUCUCUUCUUCUCUGUGUGAUUCUGAUACUGUUGCCUUCACCCUGCUUCACUCAAGACUCUUACAUCUCCUCAAGAGCAACUUUCUAUGGCAGCCCUGAUUGCUUAGGGACUCCAACUGGUGCUUGUGGGUAUAAAGCUUAUGGAAGCACCAUCAAUGGUGGUGAGGUGAGUGGAGUUUCUAGGCUUUUCAGGAAUGGUACUGGUUGUGGAGCAUGUUAUCAGGUUAGGUGCAAGUCUCCCAAGUGUUGCAGUGAAGAUGGGGUGAAAGUGGUGGUGACUGACCACGGUGAAGGAGACAACACGGACUUCAUCCUGAGUGUUCGUGCCUACGCGAAACUCGCGCUUCCAGGAUUGGCUGCCGAACUAAUUUCAUAUGGAGUGGUUGACGUCGAAUACAAGAGGAUUCCAUGCCAGUAUCCAGGCUAUAAUCUCAUGUUCAAAGUUCAUGAGCACAGUAGAUUCCCACACUAUCUUGCACUCAUCGCUAUAUAUCAAGCAGGUGUCAGCGAAAUCACAGCAGUCGAAUUGUGGCAGGAGGAAUGGCAGGAAUGGAGGUGUAUGAGAAGGGCAUAUGGAGCAGUAUGGGACAUACCUAAUCCACCAGAAGGAGCUCUAAAUUUGAGGUUCCAAGUGAGUGGUUCAAAGUGGGUACAACUUAAGAGUCUGAUUCCUAGUGACUGGAAGGCUGGGGCUACUUAUGACACUGCUGUUCAGCUUGAUUAGUUAACUGCCUAUACCAAUAUCUAUACAUCCAGAUAUCUAUAUCUAUAUAUGUAGGUAAGGUAGCAAAUAACAGUGUUAAUUGUGUGGUUGGUGGUUUUGAAUAAGUAGUUGAGUGAAGUAAAUGUGGCAAGAAGUGUUGCAGUGAUUAAGUUAUGUUGUGAUAACUUUUGAUGCUUGAAUGAAAUGAUGCUCUG